CUUAAGUUUGAAUGUUACGAAGGUGACUUACGGAACGUCAAAAAUCAGUUGGAAAUAUUAUUGUUAGUAUUUGGAUCUGGAAUAAAAAAUCACAAAUCAAUAAAAUUCAAAAAAUCCUUGACACAUAAUGAAUCUUCUGCUAUUUAUUGUUUUGAUUGUUUUUGGUAUCAGCAGUUGUAAUACUUUCCGAUUUAGUGGCCUCGAAUUCUACGCUCAUAUACUCAAUGGAGACUUUCUAGACUAUAAAACAUUCGGAAGUGAUACCACGAAAAACGAAUAUGUCCAGCAAUCAAUUGCAUCAAUUGGUCAGAGUCGCAAUUCUUUUCUGGAUUUUAUCACAUACAAGGACAAAUUGCAUUGCUCGCUUUAUGAAGAGCAAACCGUGGAAGUGGAUGAUAUGAAGAUUGUGGACGGGAAAAGAAUAUCAAUGAAAGUAAAAUGCAUCCCGGCGAAGGGCAAUGGAACUUUACAAAUAAUUACUUCGCUUAAAGAGGUAAUAAGCGUACUGGCUCCAUACGGGAAUUCAACCAAACGAACACAGGCCGGAAACUGUGUUGUUAUGUUGUUCUACACAAAAACAUGUAUUCAUAGUGCUAUGAUGGCUCCUCACUAUAAUGCAAUGGCCAGACAUUUUCCUGAUCUCAAAGUAGCUGCGAUUGAUGCUUUCAAUUUUCAUUCAUUAAAUACCGAGUUUGGAAUAGUCGGCCUUCCAACAAUAAUGUUUUUUCAUCAGGGAAGACCGUUAGUGAAGUUUAACGACACUGAAAUAACACUGGAAACAUUGACGAAGUUUGUUACGAAGCACAGUGGCGUAGAACCCCGGUUGGUCAACCACAAGAUGACCAUCAAUGUACCUCAUUACAUAUCGGAAGAUUUCAAAGGGCCGUUACCCAACAAGGUGGAACGAAGAACCGAUUACUGGCUCUAUAUAGCGUGGGUUUUCAUUAUUUUGUGCAGUUGCUACUACUUUUCGAAAUCUGUGUUAUAUGUGCAAAUAAUUGAAAUGAUCAAGCGCAACUGGAGAGAAUCUGGAGCUCAUCAUCGGAGCUAGAUAUGUAGAACAAAUUCUUUAAUCACACUUAUAAAUAUCUAGAAAAAUAUUGAAUUGAAUUCAGUAAAUAUACAGAAACCUUUAAAAGCUUAUGAGAUACAAAAAUAAAAUAUAAGAAAGCUUGAUUCUGUCAGGGAGCCUGAUCUUCUGAUAGAUUCGUAGUCAGACGCGUAAUACUUUAUAUAAUAGAAUGGCUUAAAACGAUUUACCUAUGGAUUCGAUGGAACUAGCCCAUGUAUAAUUGUGUUUUUUUGCUACACGUUGGAGAUUUCAGCCAAUUUUUAACUACAAAACGACUAGUUGCCUAUCAAAAAUAAAUUUUUCUUUCAAUUAGAAUAUAAUGAAUAUUUUGAUCAGGAACCGAUUCUGAAAUGAAAAUUCCGAAUUCUCAACUAAGUCUAAAUACAAAAUACAGUCUACAGUUUAGUCCUAAUACAAGUUUUUUAAUGAAAUAAAUCUUUGAAAUAA